GGGCGAGAGAGAGUGUGAGGGCGAGAGCGAGGAGAGUGAGGAGAGAGAGAGAGAGGAGAGAAGAGAAGAGAAGCGGCGAGAAGCAGGCGGCGCGGCAUCGCACCGAACGGGAGAAGAGGAACGGCGGUGCUCCGACGCGGUCACUGGCGCUGCGACAAGUCCGGCGAAAUCAUUGACAUUGGGGGAGAACGGCCAUUUUGGCGUGUUGUUUCCCACCGCAUCGAGUGCCCGAGGCGCGCACACGUAUACACACCACGGCAUCGACGUCCACUCGUUUUCAAGGGAAAAGAUAGUAGAUAUACUACGAUAUUUCCAAAAUGAUGACCGAGACGCAUAUGAACUCCAAUCAUAUGUUGAAUUCUGGUUUGUCUAACAAAUCAGAGAUAGAAAAAAUGGAUGAUGUGGGAUGGAAAGCCAAAUUAAAAAUUCCACCAAAGGAUAAAAGAAUAAAAACAAGUGAUGUUACCGACACACGUGGUAACGAGUUUGAAGAGUUUUGCCUAAAACGUGAAUUACUCAUGGGAAUUUUCGAAAAGGGAUGGGAGAAGCCAUCACCGAUCCAAGAAGCUAGUAUUCCCAUUGCACUUUCUGGUAAGGACAUCUUGGCACGAGCGAAAAAUGGAACUGGUAAAACUGGAGCGUACUCAAUUCCAGUGCUGGAACAGGUUGACCCAAGGAAGGACGUAAUCCAAGCACUGGUAAUUGUGCCUACAAGAGAGUUAGCCCUACAAACAUCGCAAAUUUGUAUCGAACUUGCAAAGCACAUGGAUAUAAAAGUUAUGGUUACAACUGGAGGAACUAACUUACGAGACGACAUUAUGAGGAUUUAUCAAAAAGUACAAGUGAUAAUCGCGACGCCAGGAAGGAUCCUUGAUCUGAUGGAUAAGAAUGUGGCAAAUAUGGAGCACUGUAAAAUUCUAGUUUUGGACGAAGCAGACAAACUGCUGUCGCAAGACUUCAAGGGAAUGUUGGAUCACGUAAUAUCGAGAUUACCACAGGAACGUCAGAUUUUGCUGUAUUCAGCUACGUUUCCUCUGACUGUGAAACAAUUUAUGGAAAAACACUUGAAAGAUCCAUAUGAGAUUAAUUUAAUGGAAGAGUUGACUUUGAAAGGCGUAACACAAUAUUACGCUUUUGUACAGGAACGACAAAAAGUUCACUGCCUUAACACGCUAUUCUCCAAGCUACAAAUAACGCAAAGCAUAAUCUUCUGUAAUUCAACGCAACGCGUCGAAUUGCUGGCUAAGAAAAUAACAGACCUUGGAUAUUGCUGUUAUUAUAUACACGCGAAAAUGGCGCAGGCACACCGAAAUCGCGUAUUCCAUGAUUUCCGUGCAGGAUUAUGCCGAAAUCUCGUAAGCAGUGAUCUAUUUACUCGCGGUAUUGAUGUUCAAGCUGUGAACGUCGUAAUCAAUUUUGACUUUCCGAAGAUGGCAGAGACAUAUCUGCAUCGAAUCGGCCGAUCUGGAAGAUUCGGCCACUUAGGUAUAGCAAUUAACCUAAUCACGUAUGAAGAUCGCUUCAACCUACACCGUAUCGAACAAGAGCUUGGAACAGAAAUUAAACCUAUCCCAAAGGUGAUAGACCCCAGUUUGUACGUGGCGAGACCAGAAGACAAUAAUAGUAUGGAAGAAGGCAACGUGUCCAAGUAGUUUCGAUGCACUGUGGUAAAAUGAAGCAUCACACACGCUCAAAGAGUUUAAUGUGUGUGUGUUAGUGUGUCAAAGAGUGAGUGUACUUGUAAAUACAGCGUACUAUGUAUGAGUAAUAAUGAGCUGAGUGAUUGAAGUGUCGCGCAGUGAUGGUGCGAAUCCGAAAUCAUUUCUUUGUACAUAAAUACAUUUAAAUGUACAUAAGCUAAAGCAAAUCAGAGUCAAGCCAUUAUCAAGAUGCACAAUAUGUAAACAGAUAUGUGAAUAACAUAAUAAUCAAUCAUUGCAUUUUAUCAUAACUGUAAAUAUUACAUCGAGAGCAUACAACAUCGUUUUAAUAGAAGAUUUUUAUACAACGGCUUCAUUCUUCCAGUAUUUUUUUUCUUCUGUUAAGUGAUACGAAGAAAAAGGGGCAUAUAUAAUUUAGAAAAUCUAUCGGCCAAUCUCACCGAGUACAGCAUACUAAUUCAUGUGCUCAUUACUUUUGUACUGUCGUGCAUAUACAUAUAUAAAUUGUCCUUAACACCAAUAAGGUCGUGUGUGUAUAUAUAUAUAAAUAUAUAUAUAAAAGUAUAUAAAUUGCCCUUAGCAAUUUAUAAAAUUUGGAUAUAUUAAGUAUCAGUUGUAAUAUUUGAUCAUGGCUUGAUUUUGCUAUCUGUCAAUAUUGUCAUACAACUCUGAAAUUCAAAUCACUUGGCAAUGCUUAAACUAUCUUUUUUUUUUGUUCAACCACUAAUGGAAUUUUCUUUUUCUUUUUUUUAAUGCAAUUGGAUUUUCUUUUUAAUAUAUCGUGAUUGAGAAUCAGAGAUUGUAUAAUUGACUAGUUUUAUAUAAUUAUUUUUUAUAAAGAACUGGCUGGUGGACUCCCCAAUAAAAAGGCGAAGGUUAUCUAUGGCUAAUGCUUGAUGAUGAUGAUUGUAUGGCCAAUCGCAGCCUAUGUUAAACAUAUGUUUGAUCAUACAACAACGGUAUAUCGGGGCUGGAAUAGAGAGCUAACAAAUUGUGGGGAUUUAUUACUAAAAUUAUUGGAAAAUGCGAAACAGUUGGAUUGCAAGCGAAUGCACAUGAGUAACUGACACAGUUCACACAGGAAUGUGAACGUAUGGUACACUAUAAAAUACUCGCUCGUGAAAGAUAAAAAAAAGAUAAUUGCCAAAGUUAUCGUAAUAUGGUAAUAUUAUUGGUAAUAGCGACAUAGAAUCUCGAAAUCUUCAUGAAAUUGUGGGAUAAACACGAGAAAGAGUAAAAACAUGUGCAAGAAAUUUACGGUUUGGUAUGCAUGACAAGGUGAAAUUUAAGAAUUCGAUAGCCACCAGCCAAUAUGACUUAGGUUUUUGGAUGCGAAACAUGGUACAAUAUGCGAUACCAAAAUAUUUCAUAUUUGAGGGGAAUCCUCUUUGAAUGAAAUAUUAACGGUGAUAGAAGGCGGUUAAAAUGUAUUUAGGACUGUAAUAUCAGAAACUGUGAGCUUAUCGGAAACUGUAGAUAAUAGAUAAACAGUAAUGAAAUAACUGUUGACACAAAAAAAAAAGAGAGGAAAUUGGAUAUGGCACAGAGUAUGUACAGAACGUUGACUUGGACUAGUCGUUUAUGCUCGCUGCCAAUAUGCGUAAUUUUCGUUCGUAGCGACAUUAAGUGCAUGGCUUAAGUUUGACGCAAGUUCUAAGUAUAUUUUCGAGUCGAGAUACAUUCCGCGGGUCUCCAUUUUCGUAGAGUAAAAUAUACCAUCGUAGCUCCGCCAGCUAAGUAUCGAGAGAUAGAUACGCAUUUUUGUAAAAUAUGUGUGUGAUAAUCAAUUAUUGAUAAUCGAUUAUGUGUAAAUUAAUAUGCGUUAUCAUACUCGCGAAUUAGCUUAUCACGGGCUUUCUCUUAUCGUCCUACGAGAUGUAAUUCAUUUCAUGUAUGUACAACUCUACGAUUUUUGGAAAUGUAUACAUUCUUGAUCGCGUACGCCAUAAAUCUGACUCGUCAAUAUAACAUGAAAGAAGAAUUCCUUAGUAAACGUAAUACGAUCCUCGCGCGAUUACCGCUUUUGUUUACCGCGGAUUUAUUGCAAAUUGAGUUAUAAGUUGCAAGAUAAUCGUUUACCGCGGGUUUAUUGCAAAGCGAGUUUAAGUUGCAAAAUAAUCGCCACCGGAUAAUAAGUUGCAAAAUAAUCACAACCGGGUUACAAGUUGCAAGAUAAUUAGAUUUGCAAUUUAUUAUUCGGUUUGCAGACCUAUACACAUGCAUUCGUGAUUCCUGCGCGGCUGGGUGAAAGGAAGAUAAAUUAAUGUAGCAUAACAAAUCGCGCAAAGAUUAUUGAAGCAGAAGGUGAUACGAUAACUGAAAUACGUCGAAAUACGAUGUACCAUACUCAACAAUCGUUACGCGUCCUUCUAUUUUACAUUUCUCUUUGCUCCUUCAGUUGUCUUCGAUUCGGCAAAAUUUUUCUAACGUGUUUAGUUACUGACGUAACUACUGUACGGGCAGAUGAAUAUUGAAUACGGGCAAGAAGUCAGUGGUGAUAUUGUGAGAACUUUGUUAGUGAUAAUGCCCAUUAUAGUUGAAUAAUCUCCGAUCUACUCGGAACGCUGUCUUCUACUUAACCGAGAUAACGAAUAAUCUGCCAGAUAAUGAUUAUUCCGAUAACUACAUACGAAAUGAACAACCAGAGCAAACCGAAAGACCAGCAAUUAUAUCUGCUACGAUUUGAUAAUUUAUUGAGUUCUUUUUUUGUGUCACUGUUAAUGCAAAAGCACUGUAUUAAAUUAAGCUAAUAUGCGAUCUUGUCGAUCAAAUGAUCUGUCGCCCACUGCAUAUUAAUUUGGUCGAUCGGAAUCGCAUACGAUUGCGUCAUAGUCUAAUAUUACGGUCCCCGUUCAUUUUAUUAUCUACUUAAUAUACAAACGUAAAUGGGUCCGAUGUAAUAACAAUUGUUUCGCCAAACGAUCUAAUCUGCGAAAUGCUCCCAUUUACAAACUACAAAAAUCUACUCUUACUCUAUUUGCUUCUCCUGUUAUUUUGCUUAUGGCGAUUCUUUAAAAAUUCUUUUGGAAACAUUACGUAGACUAAGAAGAAAAUACUUAGUCUUAUUGCGCUAUAAUUGGAAACGUUAGAUCCAUUUUAUGGAGUCUAUUUUGCGAAAUGUAUUUUAUUCAACUUUCGAAAGAGUCAACUGGCCCGUGCUAAUAAGCAAGCAUUAGAGUUGUUUCAUUUUAUAAAAAUUUUACAAACUAUUCUAGUUUAAUCAAAAAUUAUCUCCAACUGAAAAUUCUUACUGAUCUUAAAAUUAUCGAUACUCGAUGUUUGUACAUUUCAAAGACUUGUAAACAAAAAAUCGUCCAUUGAUAUUAAAAAUCUACAGAAUUGCGCGCUGUAUUUGACUCUUUCUAAAGAAUGAUUAUGCGAGAUAUAUAAACUUAGAAAAAAGUGGGCUUAAAAAAUCCAAAAAAAAGAGGAGGAAACAUUGAUUAGCAAUGUUGUGUGAUCAGACUUGAAGAACGUGGUAAUUUUAUAAAUCUUUAUCGCUCUUGCAGCCGCACCUGUGUAUUGCCGUUCCUAUUUUCUAAAUUACAGACAAGUAUCCGUUUCCGAUAAAAAUGCUGGGAAAUAAGUUACUAAGUAUGCGUUUCGCGGCUGCAAGUUGCCAAAGUAAAUAUUUUUUACUUUGACAUCUUUUACCACGUCUUUACGUCUGAUGCAUGAGGUAUAUUCAAGUGCGGUUCCAGCAAUCAAUCUUGGAUAUAACAAGGAGUGCCCUUGAUAUGAAAGUAAGCGAAUGUAAUUCGUACGACGUAGAAAUACGAUUUCGGAAGUAAAUGUGUUAACAUCCGGGUACAUGCGAGAAUUGUGGAGGACUCUCCCCAAUCUCAUCCGGGGGAGGGUAAGUUCUACUCCUCAAUGUCUACGAUUUAAAUCGUAAGUGUGAAGGAGAACAUCUUGAGAGAACGAGCUCUCUAACAGCGCAUCUCGUACCUUCGCCUGAAUUAUUUCCAUUGGGGUUAACCCAAUGCGGCGAGCUGCGUGCAAGCACAUUCCCAACAAACGAACCGAGAAUCGAUCGUAUCGUUUAACAUCUAAACGAACAAUCUUUCCGCGUUCGAAUAACAUACGCAGCUCGAUUAAUGAUAUUGGAAUUAGAUCUCCAAUAUUUAUGAAAUAUAAAAAAAACCAAAAAAAAGUACAAUUCGUUCGAAAAUGUGAAACAAUAUCAGUUUUAUCGACUAUUCAUACUUUACGUUUUGUUAAAGAACUUAUUAUUACAUACGCGUGUUGUUUACCAAAAAUUGCGGAACCAAUAAUGUAAACGGGAAUGAUCUAAUCAGCUACUGUGAUGUGAUACAAUUUUCUUUGUAUAAUUAAUAUUAUUGAUGCUAUUAUUAUAUGAACGAAGAAUUUUCGACACUAUGUAACAGAUCGAUUUAUUUUCAUUAUAUUAUUAAUAUUAUUGCUGCUAUUAUUAACGAGAUAUGAACGAAGAAUUUUCGACACUAUCUAACGAAGCGAUUUAUUUUGUGACGUUGAGAUCUGAGUUUCGGUUAUUUGUAAAUUGCAAGCGGCAUAAGAUUGCGAAAUUCCUCUUAUUUUCUAGAAACAACUUCGUUAUGUUUGUAUUUUACAAUUGAUGGCAAUUAUACAAUUAAUGAAAAUGCGUUUCUGGAUGGAUACGUAGCAAAAUUUGUUUCGCGGUUUUGCGCAGCUUGCUAAUCUGUUUACAAAUAACUCGCGGCUCACGCGUAAUUGGAGGCAGAUGAAAUACUCUCUCUGUAUUUCUGAUUUUUAUGUGCAUUUGUCAAGACAAUAAUUCCUAUUAGUUGUUUAUCGUAUCGGAAAUAAUCUAAGCGGUAUAAUACGAAAUUACUCAACAGUUUUUUGUUCCAAGAAACAUUACCAAUUUUCUUUUUCUAAAAUGUAAAGAUGGGUUUGCGCGUGACUAUAAAAAGAAUUUUUUUUUUAUUUAUCUUCGCCAUUCUGUUGGCUCAAACCCACUCUAAUAAAUCGUAUGUCAAAUUUGUUUUCUUUAAGGGACAAAACAGCAGAUUUGUCGUCCCUUAAUAAAAAUUCUGUUUCAGUACACAUAA